UUCUUGUUGAUGUUGAUGGAGAUGGCAAACACAGGCAAAUCAGGAACCUUGUGUCCAGUGUCGUGUUUAGUAUCGUAUUUUCGGAAAAACAUUGCUCUUGUCAAUUCUGAUUAUGCUAUAUAGCUACUGAGAAUUGUUGGAAUUCUACCUGUACGAUAAAUUGUGACAUUCCACUUAGUCUGCUUACCUGAGGCGGUGCAAACGAAGGGGAAGAUGUGGUCCUUCUUCUCUAGGGAUCCGUCAAAAGAUUUCAAUUAUGAAAUCGGGGAACCUGUUCCUGGUCUCGGAGAUAAAAGUAUUUGGAAACUUCACCGUGCUAAGAAGAAGGGCACUGACGAAGAGGUUUCUGUCUUUAUGUUUGAUAUUAAAAAUAGCAGUGAGACUCAACUUGAUGUGGCCCGAUCUUCUGUCAAACGGUUGAAAACUUUACGUCACCCUAGUAUCUUGACUUACUUAGACAGUUUGGAAACUGACAAGAUGAUAUUCAUGGCAACAGAAUAUGUCAUACCUCUUCAAUUAAGAUUAGAAAAGCUCUCACAGAUUGAUACAAAAGACAGGCAGUUAGCUGAACAACAACGUGACCUAUAUUUGGCCUGGGGAAUAUUUCAAAUCACUAGAGCCUUGAGUUUUCUCAAUAAUGAUGGUAAUUUACGCCAUAAUAAUGUAUGUAUGUGGUCAGUAUUUGUGAAUGCUGCGGGAGAAUGGAAACUUGGUGGAGUGGAAUAUGUUGCUGGAACUGAUGAUGGAGUUGGUUUGCCCAUAAAAAUUUUACCGGCUUUGGAUAAGUAUGAUCCUCCUGAAAAAGCAGAUCCAGGCCGUCAGAGACUUAUUACAAAAUGCUCCACAGAUAUGUGGGGGCUAGGAUGCCUGAUUUGGGAAGUGUUCAAUGGACCCCUCCCUGUUCAAUCUAGUCUUCAAAAACUUGAGAAGGUACCCAACCAACUAAAUGGAGUUUACUGUGAAUUGGUUGGAGCAAAUCCUGGUUCUCGUCCAAACCCAGCUGACAUCAUCACCCGCUGCCGCAAGACCAACGGCUACUUUAAAAAUGACUUGGUUGAUACGCUCCUUUUCCUAGAAGAAAUCCAAAUUAAAGACAAAGGGGAAAAGAAUAAGUUUUUUAGUGCCUUAACCCCUCUUUUGGAUAAUUUUCCUAAAGAUGUCUGUGUGAAUAAAAUUCUUCCCCAUUUGAUCAAUGCCUUUGUUUAUGGCGAUGCAGGAUCUUCAAUUCUAGCCCCCAUGUUUAAGCUGGGUGGACUUCUUGAAGAGGCAGAAUACCAGAAACAGAUUGUACCUUGUGUUGUAAAACUCUUUGCUUCCAAUGACAGAGCAACAAGGGUCCGCCUUCUUCAACAGCUAGAACUAUUUAUAGGACACCUGCAAUCAUCAACAGUUAAUGACCAAAUAUUUCCUCAAAUAGCACAUGGUUUUAUGGACACAAAUCCAACCAUUAGAGAACAAACUGUGAAGUCGAUUAUUCAUUUGGCCCCAAAACUCAAUUACAACAACUUAAAUGUUGAAGUCUUACGCCAUUUUGCUCGCCUUCAAGCGAGAGAUGAGCAAGCUGGAAUUCGCACCAACACCACCGUUUGUUUAGGGAAGAUAGCACAGCAUCUUCAUCCUCAAAUCAGGCAAAGAGUGCUUGUGUCAGCUUUUCUUCGUGCUAUGCGAGAUACUUUCCCACCAACAAGGCAGGCUGGAAUCCUGGCUUUGGCAGCUACCCAACAAUAUUUUUUGUUAUCUGAAGUAGCAAACCGUAUUUUGCCUGCAUUAUGUCCUCUUGCGCUUGAUCCCGAUAAAUCAGUUCGAGAUGCACUUUUCAGAACUCUUAAAGGGUUUUUAGGUAAACUGGAGAAAGUUUCAGAAGACCCCACUCUGCGUGAAUCUAUGGAGGCUGAUGUCCACACUGCCACACCAAGUUUAUCUAAUGCUGCAGCUACUUGGGCUGGUUGGGCAGUAACUGCAGUCACAGCCAAGUUCUAUCGCAGUCAGUCAGAUACCGCCAAAUCAUCUGUUGUCCACCAACAUAGCAAAAUGCUAAGUAAACCAGGCUCCUUAGAGCAACCAUCUAGUAGUAGUAUAUCUACUACAACAUCUAGUGUAACAAGCAUGACAUCAUUGGAGCAAGAACAGGACUUUAGUAGAGGAUCAGUCUCAGAUUAUGAUGAAACUUGGGAUACUGAGAAUUGGGGUGACAUGGAUACAUUAGCUGCCCAGAGCUCCACUGACCAUCCUCGCAGUCCAGGACCUGGGACUCCUGGUGCCUCAGGAACUAGUCUCAGCACUCGGUCUAAUGAUGGGUGGGAUACAGAAGAAUGGGGGAGCUUGGAUGAGGCUCCUGAGCUGAAUAGUCCUGAGGUUGCUGAAGGUUGGGGAGCCCCUGAUUUCCCACCUGCUGAUGAUCUACCUCGCUCUGCUAGCAUGUAUAACUGGGGAGAAGCGAAUAAAGAGAAGGAUGAUCUCUCCAUUGGAUCUAAUAAAGGCCAGUUGGAGGCUAAGAGUCCUGGGAGCCGCAGUGGAGGUAGCACUGGUGGAGGAAGUGGAAGUGGAGGUGGUGGGUGGGAGGACAAUGACUGGGAACCGAUGGAACCAGGGACCCAGGCACAAGCUUCUAGACUUGAUGAAGCUCGUCGAAGAAGAGAAGAAAAAAAAUUACAGAGACAAAAAGAGUUGGAAUUGCGAAGAGCCAGUCGUACUUCUAGUGGUCCAAUGAAAUUGGGUGCCAAGAAAAUGUGAUUUCUUCCUUCAUACCAAGCCUAUUAUAUACUUUUUACGAUAUUAUGCAUUUUAGCUGAUGUCAAGGCAACCAAAGCAUUUCUGUUUCAUAAUGGGACUGAUUAUGGAGCCCCAUUGCCCCAUGGCUGUGUCAGAUGAAAGAUGUUUAAGAUCCAAUCAUUGUACUUCUUUUACACAUUUUAGGAAUACUUUCUUCUCCCUAAAGAUUAUCCUGACAACUCAAUUGUCCAUUCUAAUACUGUACGUAUAAAAAUUUAAUCUCUUUUCCCCUGAAGACACUUAUCAUUGCUUUGGAACCCUAUCGUUUUCAUUUCCUCUUGCUUAUUCUUGGUCUAAGUAUUAUUUGAUGUUGAUAGAGAAGUUGGCAAAACCGUUCCACCAAAUAAAGACAGCUUUUUAUCUGUCUUUACGGUCCAUGUUACUGUAACAGUAUCUGUGGAAUGUUGAUUACCUCAUCACAUCUGGAGAGAAAGCCUUUCUGACUUAUUUGUGUAGUAGACUUUGUGUUGGUGUUAUUUGCAAUGAUCUUACUGUGGAAAAUACUGUCAUUUUCCUUCCUUGCCCUCAACCUUAUGACGGCUUCCAUCGCUCAUCAAUGUCAUUGACAUCCACCACAAUGAGUGUGUCAAGGUGAUUGAGAUGGACUUUUGGUACUGAAUUUCUGCAUCUUACCAUAUCAUUUUAAAAUAUUGAUGAUAACGGUAAGAAUAAACUGCCAUUCUUGAACAUCUGAAA